AUGUCGCCUCCAGCAGCAGUCUCCCCUCCUUGGAAGGCCUCAGCUACAUCCGGCAAAGUUGACACCAGCAUUACUGUCAUAGAUGGAUGGCUGGACUCGGGAAAUGAGCUGUCGGACGACCUCUGUAUUGAGACGUUGCACACACUCUAUCAGCGGGGAGCAACGACACCGGUGGCGGUAGUGCGAUCUGUCUACGAGAGAAUCGCCGCGUACUCAGACAAGGCAGUCUGGAUCACCCUUGUGCCCCAAGAGGAAGCGGUAAGGAGGGCAGAGAGGCUUCAACACUUGGCCGACACGGAAGCUCAACAACAGGCUCUAUUUGGGAUUCCAUUCUCCGUCAAAGACUCGAUCGACGUGGCGGGAAUGCCGACAACAUUGGCUUGUCCAAGUUUCGCGUAUACAGCAUUGACAACCGCACCUGUCGUCCAGAGAAUUCUCGAUGCCGGAGGCAUUCUCAUCGGCAAGACCAACCUCGAUCAAUUCGCGACGGGGCUCAACGGAACGCGCUCACCCUACGGUAUACCCCGCUGCGUACACGACCCAGACUACGUCUCUGGCGGGAGCUCCUCUGGCUCAGUAGUCAGCGUCGCUGCGAAUCUAGUAUCCUUCACCGUCGCCACCGAUACUGCGGGCAGCACGCGCGUGCCCGCAGCUCUAAACGGCAUGGUCGGGUUGAAACCCACGUUGGGCACCAUUUCAACCGUGGGCCUCGUCCCCGCAUGCAAGACGGCCGACUGCAUCACCAUCAUCGCCCGGACAGUCGAGUCUACCGUGGCGGCGCUGGACGUCAUGCAAGCGUACGAUGAAGACGACGUCUACGCCCGCGAACCCCAGCAGCUCGCCAUGUUGGUGCAGCAGGAGGCGGCGCUCUCCAAACCGUUGGAGCCGAACACCUCGCUCUCACCUUCAAGUAAAACGAGCACAGCUAGAAAUCUGCGAAUCGGCCUGCCUCCGCAGGAGUUGCUCGACUCGGUCCUGAGUCCAGAGUACGCACGGCUCUUCGAGCGGUUCACCGCACGACUAGCUGAUCUGGACAUCCAUGUCGCGUCUGAAUUCGACUACGCCCCGUUCGCGUCCGCCAACGCCAUGCUCUAUGGUAGCUCGAUUGUCGCACAGCGCAUCGUGGCGUUCAAAGAUUAUCUGGACCGCCAUGGCCACGAUCAGCUGCACCCUGUCAUUCGGGAGAUUUUCGAAUCGAGUGCCGGGUUUGACGCCGUGAGGGCGUACCAGGACAUUUUCGAUCUCGCUUCUUUUCGACGUUUGGCCGCAAAGCAAUUCCGUCGCGGUAGUGGUGGUGGCUCCGAUGGGAUCGACGUCUUGGUCGUCCCGUCGACGGCGACGCAUCCCACCGUGGAGGAAAUGCUAGCUGAUCCGAUCAACUUGAACAAGCGUCUGGGGAGCUUCAGUCAUUUCGUGAAUCUGCUGGAUCUUUGCGCCGUGUCUAUUCCCGUGACGGGAGCCACGUGGAAGAGCCGUCGUCUAGGACGGGACAUGCCGUUUGGUAUCACUCUGAUUUCUCUACCUGGUAGCGAUCGACGGUUAUUGCAACUUUGUCAGCACCUGCGAAACAUGCGAGUAUGA